UUGCCAUUUAACUGACCUUACUUAGUUUUAAUUUCAUCCGUCAUUAUUUGCAGAGAUGGAAGACGCAAAAAGGAGAGCUUUGAUCAAAUCCCAAGCCGUCAAGAAGAGGGAAUCCGGCGAGGUGGUACCUAAGGUGUCGGCUUCAGCCCCUAAGAGGAAACCGACAUCAAAAUCCAACCGUCCAUUUAAGCAACCAAAGGUCUCUCUUGAACCUGUGGUCGGUUUAAUGGCUGAGGGUAACAAGACCGUCACCCCAGCUAAGCAGGGGACGGGUAAAGGAUUGAUGACGGCCCCAGACGGUAAGCAAGAGAGACCUCCUUCCCUUCUCCGCGACGACUCCAAGUAUGCAUUGGAGAAGCUGUCGUCCAUCAUCACGGCGGAAGACUAUGAAGAUCUUGGAAACCACUCGACGGAGGCCAUGGGGGAGACGGGCCUCUUUGCCGUCGCUCAGUCCUUGGUCAUGAUGAAGGGACUACUGGACCGGUGUCUCAACCGUGAGAGUACCUUGAACCGGGUGCGCGCGAAGGCGGAGCAGACGGAGGAAGAGCUCGGACAACUCCAUAAAUGGAGGUCCAAGAUGGAGAAGAAGCUGGAGCUUUCUGAGAAGGCAAGGAAGGAGCUGGAGGAGAAGACGGUCUCUGCGCUGACGGUCAUAGAGAAAAAGGAGGCGGAAAUCAAAGAACUCAAGGAAGAGAUCCGUCAUGUGAAAGAGGUAGCCGUCGAGGAGUACCGAAGCUCAGAGUCCUGCUUGGGCGAGCUGUCAGAUUCUUUCCUUCAAGGCUUCGAUGAUUCUCUCCGUCAAGUCAAGAAGGCCUAUCCAGAGCUGGAUUUGUCAAUGGUCAAACUUGAGGACCAAGCCCAGACUUCUGCCCUCCCCGUCGCCUCCGAAAAUACGGAGGACCUCUUUGGCGAAGACGCUGCUCAAGGAGACGGAGAGUCCGUCCCGUCAAAGGAUGUCCAAGUCGCUGAACAAAAGAAAGAUUAAUGUCUAUGUAAUUUAUUUUGAGAA